CCACUCCAUCCCGCUGGUGCUGCGGCCCUUUGGACGGGGGCGCUUUGCGGAGCUGCCCACCCAGCCUGGCCUGCCAGAGUCUUCCCUCAUGCUAGAUACGCUUCGCCCGCCGGUAGCCUCUCUCGCGUCGGACAUGGCGAUCUGCAAGACGGUGGCGUGGCUGAAGGAGCAGCUGGAGCUGGGCAACGAGCGGCUGCUGCUGAUGGACUGUCGCCCGCAGGAGCUGUAUGAGUCCUCGCACAUCGAGUCGGCCAUCAACGUGGCCCUGCCGGGGAUUAUGCUGCGCCGUCUGCAGAAGGGCAACCUGCCGCUGCGCGCCCUCUUCUCCCGGGGCGAGGAGGAGGAAUUCUCUCCAUUCCAACCAUUUCUUUUUGUUUUCUUCCCAGGGGGUUUCAGCAAGUUCCAGGCAGAGUAUGCCUUGCACUGUGAAACUAAUCUAGACAGUUCAUGUAGCAGCAAUUCUCCGCCUUUGCCAGUCUUGGGCUUGGGUGGUCUCCGAAUCAGCUCUGACUCAUCUUCAGAUGUGGAAUCUGAUAUUGACCGAGAUCCUAACAGUGCCACCGACUCUGAUGGCAGCCCUUUGUCUAACAAUCAGCCUUCCUUCCCAGUGGAAAUCUUGCCAUACCUCUACUUGGGCUGUGCCAAGGACUCUACUAACCUGGAUGUUCUAGAAGAGUUUGGUAUUAAAUACAUAUUGAAUGUCACCCCCAACCUGCCCAAUCUCUUUGAAAAUGCUGGCGAGUUUAAGUACAAGCAGAUCCCUAUCUCUGAUCAUUGGAGCCAAAACUUAUCCCAAUUCUUUCCUGAAGCCAUCUCCUUUAUAGAUGAAGCUCGGGGGAAAAAUUGUGGGGUGCUUGUGCACUGCCUGGCAGGGAUCAGUCGUUCAGUCACCGUGACAGUUGCAUAUCUUAUGCAAAAGCUCAACUUAUCCAUGAAUGAUGCCUAUGACAUUGUCAAAAUGAAGAAAUCCAAUAUCUCCCCCAACUUUAAUUUCAUGGGACAGUUGCUGGACUUUGAGAGGACUCUGGGGCUGAACAGCCCCUGUGAUAACCGCAUGCCCAGUCAGCAACUAUAUUUUACUACUCCUUCCAAUCAAAAUGUCUUCCAGGUGGACUCUUUGCAAUCUACGUGAGGGCCAACUGAUCAUCUGUUCUUUCAACCUUGGGUAUUGUGAUCAUUCCACGAUGCUUCUCUUUUGACAGCUGCAGAGAACUGCAACUCUUGUGGGCCCUGUAUUUUGGUAGUAGCUGCCUCUGAUUGAACACAAUAAAGGUUACAAUAUUUGAAAUCUGCUGUUGCAAAGUGAGGGACCUUGCUGGGUUUUCCCAGCAGAAGAAAAACACAGUAAGCUACUGCUUCAAGUUGGACAGUAUAUUGUGCUUAAUGCACAAAAGACACUUAUGCAGUGACUUAAAAUUUAGGGUUUCCAAACACAGAUGGGAGAGAAUGAACACUAUAAGUACACAUCUGUGUAUGUGACACUGGGAGUUAUGUAAUAUGUGCAUUUAUAAUAUAUGUUGUCUUCAGUGAAGACUUGAUUUUUUUUUCCUUAAUACUGAUUUAGGGAAGCCAAAGAGAUUUCAGUUCAAUGUAUUUGGGAAUAUCUGUCUGCAAAGAGUUUUGUAAUACCCAGCUUGAUCAAUGUAAAUCUUUUCAAUCUCAUGAAUGACAUGAAAGUUGCAAGAGAUCAGCUUGAGAGAUAUCAUCUCUUUGCAUUCUCCAGUGAUUAUUACUUUUGGAGCACAAAUGACUCAUCUGCAGCAUGCUUAAUUUCAUUGUAGAAUUAGGCAAACUUCCUUGGUUAUAAAUGAAUAUCUAUGCCUUUGAGUUUGUUUAUUCAGUUUUGUGAAUGAAUAGUCUUUUCUAUAGUUAUAUAAUUUUUAUUUUGGGGGGUAUAUCAUCAGUUUGGUCUCAUGAUUUUUGGGAUAGGACCCUUGCCUUUAUAAAGAAUCCCUGUUGCAUUCUUUAAAAAAAUGGAGGAAAUCAUUUCUUCAAACUGAAGGAUUGUACCCUAACCCUUUUUAUUGGUCCAAUUCUAAAUAUAUAUACAUAUUUUUAAAAAGUUGAUAAAUGCUAAACAGUGCAUUACCUCUGUGCAAACACUUCAGGGAGCUUCACCUCAAAUGCAAUAUUUUGCAUUUAUUUUUGUAGAAAACUGGAAGUGUGUGUGAACAUUGUGUACCUGUAUAAAUGCAAGAAGAUCUUGCACAUGAUUGUCAGUAAGGGAGAGUCUCAAAUUUGCUAGUGUAAAGUUGGGAUGUUAUUCUCAAUAUGUAAGAACUUAAAUUAUUAAUAAAUGACUAUUUUUGGUUAUUGA